AUGGACGAUGUGGGUUUGCAGUACGUGUCGCCUGUAUUGAGGGAGGUGUCCAACCUGGCCCGUGCGGCCAAGGCGUUUACGUCGGAUGCUGGAGAUCUUGGGAUGGUCCUGAAGCCGCCGAAGUCUGGAUGUAUCCCUGGGAACCAAAAAGUUUGGGGACAGCUCAAGAGGCACCUGGGAACCUUGAAGAUCCCGUACAGGGCCCACAUGAGGAAUCUGGGACACGAGCUCACAGGACCUCGAGUUCUUCGGCAUAUGGAGAAGCGUAGGCAGGUCCUGCACUAUGUGUCGUGGGCGGCCUUCCAGGUCGUGCAGUUUCGGAGGUGGGGAGCUGACCCUGUCGUGGUGCAGGACCCAGAGCUCGCCCAGGUGCCCAAGCGUGUGGUUUUCGAGAGGCCCCAGGACCACGAGUUGCUCUUCUGCCAGAGGUGGUUUCUGCGACGCCACCCGGCUUUGAAGAGGUCGGUGCAGAAGCUCGCCAUAGGGGACUCCCCGGACGUGCACGCGGAGAAGCUCCAGAAGAUGCUCUCCGAAGAUGUCGGGGCCCCGCGAGCCGAGCGCCUCAUGCAGUGGCUCGAGGCCCCUCCCGCGCAGCCCGCCGAGGGGGAGCGCCGUGCCGGCAAGGCCGCGCUCCAAGAGCCAACGCCGAAGCAGGCCCCGCCCGCGACCCCGCCGCCGGCACUGCCGCGGCGGGCGACGCCGCGCUCAUCGAGGCCCGCCGCC